UGCUUUUGACUCUUUUUGUGUUUUCGUUUUAAAAGCAUAAAAUAAUCACACUAUAGUAUGUUAACGAUAUUGCAUUAGUCGUCGUCUAUACACGAAUAAUGUGUCUAAGUGCUGUCUCUGAGAGGGUCUUGACUUAUCUGGCUCAUGACAUGUCUUGUGUUUUGCAAAAUUUAAACUCGGCUCGCGAGAGAAGAUUUGUUCUUAUCCACAAAUCAAGAAAUUAUGAAUAACCUGAGAACAAACUAUGUUUUUUUUUUUUUUUAAAUAACUGCUUCCAUUUCCAAACAUUGCGUGGCAGAGUUGCUGACUAAACUUGUUCGUUUAUGUUCUUAAAUUAGCCAGGCAGUUUUUUUCGCCUUUUUUGCUGGUGCUUUUGGCCUCGGUAUGCAUUUAUCACUUAAUAAUAGAUUUUCAUAUUUGCCUCACAUACAAAACAAAAGGGAAAUUCAUCUGGGACGGUUCUAGAGUGUAUGGGACACGUAGUUACGUUGAAAAAUGGCAAUCGACUGGCUGGGAUUUGGGUACGCUGCGGCAAUUGUUAUGGGGGGCUUCAUGGGGUACAAGAGGAAAGGUAGUGUGAUGUCUAUGGUUGCCGGUCUUUUGUUUGGCAGCCUGUCUGCAUAUGGAGCCUUCAGAGUAUCAAACGAUUCCAGCGAUAUAAAAGUAUCACUGAUUGCGUCUGCCUCCCUGGCUGCAGUGAUGGGGGUGAGAUUUAAGAAGUCUGGGAAACUCAUACCAGCUGGAAUCAUGACAGGGUUGAGUCUCCUGAUGGUCCUGCGGCUCCUUCUCCUAGCGGUGCUGUAGCUCAGGACUACCUCAAGGAUGACCCAUUGCCUCCAGGAAAGCCUGUAUCUUCUCUCUUAGCUUUCUGUCUGCUUUUACAGUGCUUGCUUAUCUGAACAAAAAGUCAUGUUUUACUUAUGCAGUGCUGUCUAUUUUGAAGGGAGGUAUGGACUUGUUUGUAGUCAUUUCUGCAUUAUGCCAGUUGCAGUCAUACAUUUUCAUUCACAAAACUACUUUGCACCAAUACACUGGACCAUAUUUAGGAAAGUUUUGCUUACCAGCUUUGCAGAAUGAUACUGAAGCAUGCUAUCAAGCAAAUAUAACUCAAUUGCAAACAGUAACUGUCUUUUGCAUGUUUUUUUUCCCUCCUCCCAGUGGAAACAUUCCAAAUUUAAUGCACAUUUUAAAUUAAAAUUCAAUUCAGCUUAAAGAAGAUUUAAAAAUUUCAGGUGAUCAUUUUUUUUUUGGUAUGUGUCAACACUGCGUUGAUUCCCCUGUGCUUUCAGCACAUUGUAAUUGUACGUCAGUUAUGCAUUGAGUGUAACUAGGGAAUUAUGUCGAGGAGUCACUACUUUCUCAUAGCCUUUGGAGAGAGUUCAUUGUUCCUUUACAUUUUGUUUGACACAAAGUGCAGGGUUAACAGGGAAGGCUAGUUUGUUUUUGUCACAGUGCACUCCCUAUUUCAGAGAACAACGCUAGACACCUGAUCUGAACAAAUCUUUAAUAGAUAUAAUGGUGCUUUGUUCUGCUGAGCAACAUAAGAAAUUAAUUGUUGAUGGGUUGUAGGUGCCUGAAGUAUUAUUUUCCUAAAUUCCAUUCCAACCAGGUGUGAGUGUGAGGUUGUUCUUCACUGAGCCUCUGCUUUGAGGGAAGCUGUUAAGCUCUACGAAUGUCUGUGUGUUUAAAUCUGGUCACGACUGAUGAAUUAGAUUUUUGAUUGUACAUUUGUAUUAAUCUUGAUUUUGUCUCAUUUAAUAACAAGCUGUCUAAACAGAAAGAUACUGAUCAUGUUUUUCUGUAUGUUUCCAAGAUAAUCUUUGCUCAGAGUGCGUACAAUAAAUGGACAACCUUU